CGGACGCCGCAGCCGGCGGGUCGGGCGGUCCGCGCAGCCCUCGCCCGGCCGCCGAGCCUCGGAGUUGGAGCCCGCGCGGCGGAGCGCAGGCAGCGGGCGCGGGGUGGGAGCGCGGAGCGCAGCGGGCGCCGCCCCCCGGCCCUCGGCCCCCAGCCCGGCGCCCCCGGAGCGGCGCGCGGAGGCCGGCGGGCGGGCGGGCGGCGGACUAUGAGGCGCCCACCAUGGUGCGAUGCGACCGCGGGCUGCAGAUGCUGCUGACCACGGCCGGAGCCUUCGCCGCCUUCUCGCUCAUGGCCAUCGCCAUCGGCACCGACUACUGGCUCUACUCCAGCGCGCACAUCUGCAACGGCAGCAACCUGACCAUGGACGACGGGCCCCCGCCCCGCCGCGCCCGCGGGGACCUCACCCACUCGGGGCUGUGGCGGGUGUGCUGCAUCGAAGGGAUCUACAAAGGGCACUGCUUCCGGAUCAACCACUUCCCAGAGGACAACGACUAUGACCACGACAGCUCGGAGUACCUCCUUCGCAUUGUGCGUGCCUCCAGUGUCUUCCCCAUCCUCAGCACCAUCCUGCUCCUGCUCGGCGGGCUCUGCAUCGGCGCCGGGAGGUUCUACAGCCGCAAGAACAACAUCGUCCUCAGUGCUGGCAUCCUGUUCGUGGCUGCCGGCCUCAGCAACAUCAUAGGCAUCAUCGUCUACAUCUCCAGCAACACGGGCGACCCGAGCGACAAGCGCGACGAGGACAAGAAGAACCACUACAACUACGGCUGGUCCUUCUACUUCGGGGCCCUGUCCUUCAUCGUGGCCGAGACCGUGGGCGUCCUGGCCGUGAACAUUUACAUCGAGAAGAACAAGGAGCUGAGGUUCAAGACCAAGCGGGAGUUCCUCAAGGCGCCCUCCUCGUCGCCCUACGCCCGGAUGCCCAGCUACCGGUACCGGCGGCGGCGCUCCCGGUCCAGCUCCCGGUCCACGGAGGCCUCGCCCUCCAGGGACGCGUCCCCCGUGGGGCUGAAGAUCGCCGGGGCCAUCCCCAUGGGCGAGCUGUCCAUGUACACGCUGUCCCGGGAGCCGCUCAAGGUGACCACGGCGGCCAGCUACAGCCCGGGCCGGGACGCCGGCUUCCUGCAGGUGCACGACUUCUUCCAGCAGGACCUGAAGGAGGGCCUGCACGUGAGCAUGCUCAACCGGCGGACCACCCCCGUGUGAGCGCCCCCGGCCCCGGCCUCCCCCCGGAACGGCCGCCUGGACCCCACCGGAGGGCGCUGAACCCUUAAAAGACAGACCCAACCCCCCACCCCUGGUCUCCAGAGGCGUGGAGCGAAGCGCCAGGAUACUGGAAUCCGAAGCGAGAGGCUGACUUUACCCCCCAAAGAGGGCGUGUGGGCAGAGGCCCAGGGUUCCGGAGUUGCCGUCCUGAGACUGCCCGGCCUUCGCCCGCCUGAGGAAACACAAUCGAGCCAUUCUCUCCUCUUGGAAACAAGGAUUUCCGUAAGAACUUGCCCUCGGGGCCUUCCCUCCCCACCUGAGCGCAGGGCCGCUGGGAGGCCACCGGCCGGGCCCACAGGGACCUAGGACACCACUGGCCAGCUGCUUGUUCACCUGAGGUUCCCGGGCCCCGGAGCCGGAAAUGUGGGAGCCGAAGCUCGCCCCUUCCUUCCUUCCCUCCAUCCGUCUGUCUGUCUGUCUGUCUCUCCGGCAGUGGCCUGUGGCUGACACGGCUGUGACCCUGAGGAGAAAGACCUGCGGCCCAUGGUGCUUUAGCCCCCGUGCCCCUCGCCCGGAGGAGCCCGAGGCCCGCAGGGGGGGGAGCCCGCCCAGGGAGCCUCUCGCCGGCCUGGUGUGAGCUGAAGGCCGCAGUCUUUCCCAUCUGCUUCUGGAAGUUUCUGCCUCACCCAGGAAGGGCAGAACGCACUGACUGUGCGUGAGAGGCCGGAGGGUCCCGGGGGGGACAGGGGUCCCAGAUGGCCCCGUGGCUCCCGCGGGGUCCUCCUGGGGCGAAGAAGAGCCUGCCACACGCUCUGGUUGGGCAUCAGCAUCCCAAACUGCUGGGCGAGAGAGGGGGCACGGAGGGCGAACAGGGACCAGGACCCCAGAAAACACGCUCCGGUUUCCGAGGUGGCUGUUCAUCGUGAUGUAUGACCAAUAGCCGGCAGGAGGGCACGCUCCAUUCGCUUCCUCGUCUUACAAAGCAGCAGGAUGCCCCCCACAACUCCCGUCCCUGUAACUUAUUCUGCUGCUCCCCCCUCCCCCCAAAGGGCUCAGCGAGGAAGAGGACGGGGGCCAGGCCUCGGCUUUCUCCCUCCUCACAGAGGGCCAGCUCUGAGGAGGCAGGUUCCCUGGGUGACGUUUUUCCAACCCUGCCCCCCCCCCCCCAAAGCCAGCAGAGGCAUGGAAGCAUGUGGGGUUCAGGGGAAACACGUUGUGGAACACAGAGCUUACCCCCUUUUAUAUAU